AUGGGACCACAGCCGUAUGUGCCGUGCAUGCUGUGGACACCCAGUAAAAAGAGCUGCCUAGCAGAGGUGAAGCAGCUGGAGGAGUUUCUCAACUUCCACGCGCUGUCACUGCACGAUACGGUGAAGAGUCGGACAGCAAUGGUGUACAGGUAUGGGUCCGAUGUGCGGCUAGACCACAUGUCCGUGGUGGACGCAAAAAACUCCACCGAAGAGAGUGCAUUUGACACUUCAGUACGGGCGUCUUCAUAUAAUGCCGGCAAGGCGACUAUAGAAAAGUACUUCUUGGAGGGCAGCUUGUAG